AUGUGCUAUACCCUCCGACGGCCAUAUUUGCAUGCUAAUUUCGUCCUAAGAGUCGUUCACCUCUAUCCGUACUCCCAUGCAGAUCACUGGGCAGAACGGGCUGAAUACCACGAGAAGGCCCAGUGUUUACAGGCCUAUGCUCCCAUCUCAACAAAGCUUCAGGUGCUAUGUCUACCCCUUCAUUCGGCAACAUCGAAAUGUCAUUACGAUCAGCCUGGGCACUUUGAGCUUAAAGACCUGACUCUCGAUUAUGAGAUAAAAUCAAAGUUCACAAGUCAUCAAGGCAUGAAAAGGCCUGGGAUUGCGUGGGCAGACGAGGGAGCGCCAAGCGCCGUCACAUUGUAUGUCAGGGAAGUAAAACACUGCGCUUGCAAUUACUCUCAAGAAGGGCUUAACAACAAGGACUCAAGACUCUGGAGUGUCGCAACUCGGAUUCCCCAUCCUAUGCGUGGAGCUAUCACCAACCUUAAAAAGUUCUGGUCCCUGAAAACCCUGACAGGAGCUCUUUGCCUGCCGGUUGCACACUGCUACAUACCCUGGGAGGUUGGCUGUUUCUCCCUCCAAAACGGGCAGGGACAUCGUCUCCUACCGACUCAGGCACCGCUUGGUCAGCCGUCCCGUAUCCGAUGGGGAGCGCUCUACGGAACCUUUCCCGACUUUCUCGAAGCCCCUCCUUCACGCUCCCGAGCCGUGCCAAGACCGGGUACCCUCCGUUCCGCCAGCGCCAUCUGUGACGAACCUCUUGCACCUGCUGUUAGCUGCAUCAUCGUGACUGCAAACAUUACACCGCUCGAGGGGCAGGUUUUUCCUUUUGACUCUGCAGUCAAGGUCAUUUUACUGGCUGAUCGCGAUCCACGUCACAGCGUUUUCCUUACUGUCGCUUUCAGUUUGUGGCGCAGCAAGACUUGCUUUAACGAAACUCUGAACUCUCACAGAGAGCAAUCCCAAAGACAAAAUUAUGGGAAUUUACAGAAAGUUCAGAAGCAGAACGAAAUAUACACCGUCAUUAGGUUAGUUAUCGCACUCGGAAAGGCUUUUCCACGAAUACUGUCCCGGCCGGCACGACUCUCGACCACGGAUCCCACCCAGAAGUUGGAAGCUUCCAUUGAGGGCCUCGCCUCUCGGGUGGCUGAUGCUCCCUCGCCUCUCCCAAAGGGGAUUCCGGACAACCCCCAAGCCCGCCCACUUCACGACCUCAGAAGAAUUGUUCCGUACGGGAAGCGGGAGGGAGCUGAGAGAGACUGGGAGCAGGGCUCUUGCGAGAAUCAAGGGACUUUACACGUGUCCUUGUGCACUCGUCUUGACUCUACCUGCAUACGUCAAUCAGGAUAUGGCCACUCUCUAUUGAUACACGUGGAAGCACGGCUACCGUUCCACGGUGCUCAGUGGGGAUCGAUCCCGGGAAUCUUUCCGCCCGGUCCGCACGCAGCCACUUGCGAAUCGUGGGCAGCAACGUCCCAUGAUGUUAUUGCACCCAACCAGCAACAAACUCUCUUCUUCUCUUGGCCCUUUGCCAUGCCCCGAGAAACGAGUCAGAGGGCGGAAGGCUUCACUGUCAGGGUUCUCGCCUCAGUAAACAUCAAUUUUGAGCAGAAAAAGGCGUGCUCGGGAUUGCCUCGGAAAGAAAAGCCAUGGGGGCCCCGCCUGAUGCUAUUGUCGGACCUGGCCCGGUUGCUGAUUCAGACGACAGCCCACUAUCGCCCUGGAACUUCCGAUUGUUGGUACAGCAGUCGGAGGUGGACCGUUUCUAUGCGUAACAAACGGCGGGUCUUCUCGUUAGUCAUUGCGGAAUGGGCCGCUGGGACGCUUGAUAAUCAUGUACUGCGCAACGAGGCCCAUUCCGAGGCUCUUCCUGACUCGAGUCCGAGGUUCAUUAUCGCAAUAUCUGUGUCAAUUCUAGUAGGAUUACCAUCUCAGGCGGAGCAGCCACGGCAGCCUGUAAACUGGGGUGUACCAAUCAGAGCCACCCGCCUCUUCCAGCUCCUGGAAGCGGCAUCUGGCCGGCAACUCGUAGCCAUUGGACCGGACGUUGAAUUGGACGAAAUGCAGCAUGCCGCCAAGGCAUUGUCUCCGUACGGCUUAGACUUCCAGACCUCGGUGAAGGCGACGGACGCCGGUGUUGGAGGAGGCCUUUGGACUCAGACGCCAAGAAGGUUGGAAAAGUUCGAGAAAAAGUCUAUACCAUCCGAACUAUCGAAUUAUGUGCCUGUGUCAUCGAAUGCUAGCAUUCAGAGAGCUGCAAGUCACUCACGUCUCUCGCUCUCUCACACACACGCUUUGACAAACGCACACCCACCCACACUGAUCACCCCUACGUUCACCCCCUCGCCCACAAGUCAGCUACCACCAGGAUCAUUAACCACAUCCAUAUCUCGUGACAGCAUUCGAUCCUGGGAGGCGCCAAGCAAAAUAUCCGUGGUGGGGGUGGCAUCGUACCAGGGGACCCAGAUGUUCAGAGGUCUCGCCAUGAACCACGAGCCGGACCCGAAGUGCGCCAACGACUUCGGAGGAGCUCGGGGUGCCAAGCAUAUUGGUGGUGCAUGUUGUGGCCUUGUUCAAUUCCCAACCAAUAGCACAUCCAUCCUGACUUUUCAGCCCGGCGGGCCCUGGUGGGAAUUUGACUUUCGCAUCCCUGAUGACAAGCACUCGUACUUGUAUAGCAAACCUUGGUCCUCAAGAAGGUUUGCGCUAUUGAUAUCCCUCCAAUUCAUUUGUCUGGACGGAGAGAUCACCGUGAUCACCUGCUGCCUGCAAAGUUUGGUUGCACUUGAAGCGGUCAACAAGGCUGAACUGAAACACCAAUAA